GCGGGUCCUGGCUGCUGUGUGAAGGACCACGCCGUGCUCAGGCAAAGAAGCCCGUGUUCAUUCCUGCAGAGCUGCUGCCUCUCCACCUGGCAGGUGCCUUGGCUUCCCUUUGGAGGGUUUGCAGGCGGUUCCUGACGUGUCCCUGUGCUCUGUUUCCUCCCAGAUUCACCUCCAGCCCCCAGACAUGUCCUGCUCCGACAAGUGCUGUCCCUGUGGCCCCUGCCAGCCCUGCGGCCCGUGCCCGCUGGCCAGCAGCUGCAAUGAGUGCUGUUGCAGGCAGUGCCAGAGCUCCACCGUCGCCAUCCAGCCCUCCGCAGUGGUGGUGACCCUGCCCGGACCCAUCCUCAGCUCCUUCCCUCAGAACACCGUUGUGGGCUCCUCCACCUCCGCUGCUGUUGGCAGCAUCCUCAGCUCCAACGGAGUGUCCAUCAACACUGGCUGCUGUGACCUGUCCUGCAUCACCAGCUGCUACUGUGGCAACAGGUGUCGGCCCUGCUAAAUCUGCUGGCAACGGACCUGGACAAGAACCUCCGAGACCCGAGGACACGGUGCUGACACGAGCUGGAACUUGGAGGCAUUUUCUUUAGAGCUUCAGGCUACUAUGUCCUCCCUCCGCUCUCUUCUCUCUCUCUCUCUUUUCCUUCCUGUCCUUUUCUCCUAGAGCCACCCUAAUACAGUCCUGUUGGCAUCCCUCCCUCUGCAGGGCAGGCAGAUGACACCCAGCAGGAGCUCCAACGCAUCAUGGUGGCUGCCCCUGGUCCUCCUUGGGACCCACCUUCUUUUCUUUUUUAGUCAUUAAAGUUGUGCUGCAUCCAA